AACGUUUGAUCAGUCGUGUAUAACGGCGAAAUUGUUCCGAAAGUACGAUCUUAGCGAAGUCAUUGAUCGCGAUGAGGACCAUCGUUUUCUAUCUAAUAUUUUUCCUAAUAUCGGUGUCGAUCGUUGGAUCAAUCAAUGACUGCGAGGAUCCCAAUUUUCACUCUUUGGAGACCCUAGAGUCAUCCAAAUUGGAGUGUGGUCCAGCUUUUAAGAACCGCUGUCGCUGCUUCCGAACAUGCUACGACGGUCACCAUCAGUACGUCGUGAAUUGCACGGGAACUGGAUUCCAGGACACGUCCCCACUGGCGCAUCUACCUAAUGAGACGCAAGUACUCAUCUUUACGGGCAACGAGCUGGAGGAGUUGCCCUGGAACGUAUUCGGCACUUUGGACAGCCUGCCGUAUCUGAGGGUGAUCGACAUGUCGAAUAACAAGAUACGCGAGAUACGCGGCAAAGCCUAUCACCACGUGCAGCAUGUGGAACGUCUUAUACUGGACUUCAAUGAACUCUCGUUGGAUCCCGCGAGGAAUCACCCGAGGGUAUUCUCCAAUUUCAUCUCUCUUCUAGAACUACAUCUGACCGAUGCCUUUGAAGACGGUCCACCGAGAAAUCUAGCGUCGACGCUCCAUGACAUCUUUGUGAACAGCAACCUCACACAACUGAUAAAACUCCAUCUCGAACAGAAUGAGAUCUCAGAGUUUCGAGACGUCAAAGUAUUUUGUGAUCUACCGAAUCUCCUCGAUCUUCAUCUCGGCGAUAACGAUCUGAACGCGCUGCAUUUUAAUUUGUCGUGCUUACGCAACCUGCGCUUUUUGGAUCUACGGCGAAACAAAUUCACGAGAGUUCUCGAGCGCGAUCUCCAUACCAUGGACAAUCUCGCCAAGCACGAUCGAAACGUAACCGUCGAUUUUUCCGGUAAUCCUUUUGAAUGCUCCUGCAAGCUCAAUCCGUUCAUCAAGUGGAUGAAGAAGACAAAAGUGUUCAUCCGAAACAAAGCCAACUUACAAUGCUAUAAAGAUAAAGGUAAUGUAAGCUACGACUUCCACGAAACGAAGAAUUGCGCUCCAAAGCUGCUGGUUUCCACUCGGCGAGGAACUACGGUGGUGCUUUGCUUCCUCUCGAUGGUGCUGAUCGCCCUCGUGUGCGCUUUGGUCUAUCUACAAAGGACAAUGCUUCAGAAGAAAAUUGAGCCGGUGAUUGAUUCGGUCAGCAAGAGGGUGCGAUACACCUCAAUAGCGAAUGGUGAUAAUCGCGAGGAUCGUUUUACGCUGAGCUCGACAAAAAAGAUGCCGCUCGUCGAGCGAUUUCGUCUCGACGAGAUCGUCACUUCGUACCCAGAGCUCGGACCAACAGCUCCGGAUGGUGGAUACUCGUGGUUUGUUCUCCUAGGUGUUAUCUUCAUUCAGAUCACGGUGCCCAGCGUUCUGCCGAUGUACGGUAUAGUGCGAGGAUAUUUAAUCACCAACGAUUCAUCGUUUUGCUUCGAUUUGUGGAGCGAAGUCACUUUGGCGCCUCUAUUAUUCGUUGCAUUUUGGAGCUUAGCAGAUCCAUGGAUCAAGGCCAUGACAGAUCUGGCGUCGAUACCACGACUGGUCGGUCUCAUCGGCGUGGCUCUUCUCACCACGGGUGUCAUAGCUUCCGGCUACUUGGCGACCGGCGGAGUGGGCGCAUAUUUAGUCGGUUUGAGCGCCGGUGCGGUGAUGGGCAUAGGGGCGAGUUUUGUGAUUAUCGAAAGCGAAACCGUGCUGCGAAGACAUUUCAGGGUGAGACUGCCGUUGGCGCUGACGCUGAAGAACGUUGCCAUGUCCGUCGGCUUUACUCUUGUGCCAGCACUCACAAAUUUCCUGCUUGCGAAAACCGACCUUAAGACCGGACUUUUGCUGAUGACGAUCACCUUUAUUCCUACUGCCUUAGGCACCCUGACCUUGCGAUUUCCAGCUCCGCAGCGAGCAUCCCCUUAUAGGUUACUUCUGACCGAUGAAGAUAAUGAAUUGGGCAUCAGGAUAUCCUCGGAUAGAGAAUCGGAGUUUGAUCAAUGGAAUAACGGCACAGAUAACAUCGGCUAUGACAAAAGCGAUAAACAGGAUAGUAAUGUCGAGGCUUCGUUUAACGAAGUGAAUAGCAUCUACGCUUAUCAGGAACUGGACGAAGACGUCGAGCUCUUCGUCAAUCCGACCAUGCAAUCUGACGGCAAAUGGAAGCAAGAGUUUGGCGUGGCUUGCUAUUUCAGAUUUUGGGCGGUCAUAGUGACGUGGAUCGGGAUGAAGUCCGGCUCGUUUUUCUUCUGGAUUCUGGUAGCCUCCUUAUUUCUGCAACGAACGGAGCCGUUUUAUUGUACGAGUGACUGGGUGAUGUUGUUGGUGACUGCGGGUAUCGGUUCUUUUGUACCCAGCAUCGCUAGCUACUGGUUCAUCGUCACUACCGCUCAGUACAGAAGAAUAUAUUUCGGUGGCGCCUGUUGCCUCAGCAGUAUUAUUUUGUUAAGUUUAAGUUAUACAUAUAACUAUUACUGGUUUCUUACGUGGUCGCUGCUCGGUGGUGUCAGCAUCAGCACUCUGCUCGUCUGCCAAGACUUGACGUUCUGCGACAUGCUUGGGAAUCAAUUUGCACAUCGCUCUUACAGAUUGUUGUCUACCAUUGUCGGUCUGAGCAUGUUGGCAUUCUAUUUUGUGCACAAUGAGAACGUAUGCAUUCACAUAGUCGCAUUGAUGCAAUUUCUCGGUGGAUGUUACUGGAUCAUGCCACCCAUCUGGAACAUCAUACAUACGCGGAAGUUGAGAGAGGGUUAACAAAAGUCAUUACAAAAUAAAUUAAUUAAAAGUCAUUGCAUUAAA